AUGAGACGAUCUGCUCUUGCGUGCCUCGCCACGGCGGUGGCUCUCAGUCAACAUGCCGGGGCUGAGGACAUCAUCACUGAUCCUACAUACUUCUAUGGCCAAUCUGAGCCGGUGUACCCUACGCCUCAACAAGAUGGCAAUGGAGCCUGGGCAGCUGCUAUUACGAAGGCAAAGGCACUUCUUGACCAGAUGACCAUGGAUGAGAAGGUCAACCUCACUAGCGGCGUGAGUACCACGACAGGCUGCGCAGGAAUGAUUGCAGCUGUGCCUCGUCUAGGGUUCCCGGGCCUAUGCCUGGCAAAUGCAGGGAACGGUGUAGGCUCUACAGACUAUGUCAGCGCGUGGGCAUCUGGGAUUCACGCUGCCGCUAGUUGGAACAAGGAGUUGACCUACAACCGGGGCUACUACAUUGGCGGCGAGGCUAGAACAAAGGGUGUCAAUAUACUGUUGGGCCCAGUCAUUGGACCGGCCGGCCGUGUAGUUGAGGGAGGCAGAAACUGGGAGGGCUUCUCGCCUGAUCCAUACUUGUCUGGACAGUUGGUCUACGAGUCUGUGGCAGGUAUCCAAGACGCAGGCGUGAUCACCAGCACCAAGCAUUUCCUGGGCUAUGAGCAGGAGACGCAUCGAUUGCUCAGCACGGCCACGCCGUGGGCCGAGCCCAUCUCUUCCAACAUUGACGACAAGACCAUUCAUGAGUUGUAUCUCUGGCCCUUCCAAGAUGCAGUCCGUGCCGGAUCGGCCAAUAUAAUGUGCAGCUACAAUGGAGUCAACAACUCGGCAGCCUGCCAGAACAGCAAGACCCUGAACGGGCUGUUGAAGGGCGAACUUGGCUUCCAGGGCUUUGUGGUCUCGGACUGGGAUGCUCAGAAUGCAGGUGUCGCCUCAGCCCUGGCUGGUCUUGAUGUUGCCAUGCCGUCCUCCACGGUCUGGGGUGACAAUUUGACGCUGGCCAUCAGCAACGGGACAGUCAAUGAGACCCGACUGGAUGAUAUGGUCACUAGAAUCUUGACUUCAUGGUACCAGCUUGGCCAGGACUCGGCAGACUUCCCGGCACCGGGCUAUGGACUUGCUGCCGACCUGUCUGUCCCGCAUCCUGUGGUUGACGCUCGCAAUGCCAGUGGCAAGCCAACGCUGUUUGCUGGCGCAGUUGAAGGCCAUGUGCUGGUAAAGAACACCAACAACGCCCUUCCUCUGAAGUCUGCCGAGAUGAAGCUCAUCUCCCUCUUCGGAUACUCGGCGAAAGUACCUAAUGUGAACAACUACCAAGGAAUCCCAACUGGUCAGCUCUUCCCGGCUUGGUCAGACGGUGUCGAGUCGGCCAACUACACCGAGUUCAGCCUGAAAUUCCUCGGAGAUCUAAACGUGACCGGAUCCCCUACGGCGCCCAACGGCACGCUCAUCACUGGAGGCGGCUCUGGCACCACAUCCCAGAGUUUCAUCAGCGCGCCUUACGACGCCCUCGUCGCCCAGGCGUACCAGGACGGCACCGACCUCUACUGGGACUUUGAGAACGGCGCGCCGCUCGUCAACCCGACCACCGACGCCUGCAUCGUGAUCGGCAACGCCUGGGCCACAGAGGGCUACGAUCGCCCCGCGGUGCGCGACGACUUCACCGACGGCCUGAUCAACAACGUGGCCGACCAGUGCAACAACACCAUCGUCGUGUUCCACAACGCGGGCACGCGCCUCGUCGUCGACCACCCCAACGUCACGGCCAUCAUCUUCGCCCACCUCCCCGGCCAGGACAGCGGCAAGGCCCUCAUCGACAUCCUGUACGGCAGGGAGAACCCCUCCGGCCGCCUCCCCUACACCGUCGCCGCCAACGAGACCGACUACGGCGCCCUGCUGCACCCGGACCUGACCCUCACCGGCACGUUCCAGCACUUCCCCCAGUCCAACUUCUCCGAGGGCGUCUACAUCGACUACCGCCACUUUGACCUCCUCAACAUCACCCCGCGCUACGAGUUCGGCUUCGGCCUCAGCUACACCACCUUCGACUACGCCAACCUUGCCGUCACCACCACCAACGGCUCCACCGCCCCGAACCCCACGGGCGCUGUCGCUCCCGGCGGCCAGACGGAUCUCUGGGACGAGCUCGUCCGCGUCACGGCUGACGUUACUAACUCAGGUGCUGUGGACGGCAAGGAGGUCGCCCAGCUGUACCUGGGCAUCCCAGGCGAGGACGUGCCGGUGAGACAGCUGCGCGGGUUUGAGAAGCCGCUCAUCGCUGCGGGCGAGACUGUCACGGUGGAGUUCUCGCUGACGCGGCGGGACCUGAGCGUUUGGGAUGUCGUGGCGCAAAAGUGGCUGCUGCAGGCGGGUGAGUACCAGGUGUAUGUGGGGAGGAGCAGUAGGGAUCUUCCCCUGCAGACAUCGUUCUCUAUAUCGUGA